AGCUGUGGGGUGUGGAGUUUAGGGGACCUCGACUAGCUGAAUCCUCCAAGCUCGGCCUGGGAAGUGGAAGAGUUCAGGGGCGACCAAGGGAGAGUGCACUAGCUUCCUCCGUCUGUAGCUGUUGGCCUCUGGGUUGGUCUUGAAGUGAUAGCAAGAGACAGGCGACAUGAGAGAUUGGGCUACAUGCUGCAUCAGUGAACUUACUGGUAGAAGAAAUAAUCUAGAGCGAGACUGAAGGACGUUUCAAGAUGGCCAAAGAAGAGCCCCCGAGUGUCUCCAGAGACUUACAGGAGCUGCAGAGGAAACUGUGUUUGGUGCUGGAGUCCUUCCAGAGUAACUCAAAGGUGGUUGCCUUCAUGAAGUCCCCAGUGGGUCGGUACCUGGACAAGCAUCCUUUCCUGGCUCUCACCAUGCUGAUGUUUGUUAGCAUGUCAGCCAUCCCUGUCGGCUUCUUCCUGCUCAUCGUGGUGCUCACCUCCCUGGGUGCUCUUAUGGGGGCCAUAAUACUGGAAGGACUGAUCAUCUCUGUGUGCGGCCUCUCACUGCUCUGCAUCCUCUGUGGCUUGGGCUUCCUAUCGCUUGCCAUGUCAGGAAUAGCCAUGAUGUCCUAUGUGGUCGUGUCCUGCCUCAUGAGCUACUGGUUUUCUCCCAGGCCACUGAUCCAGCAAAAUGCCAACACUGACUGUCAGCUGGCUAUGAAGUCCACAGACUUCGAGGGGCUCUACCAGGAAUGACGGGCCGAACGGAAGCAGAGGUUGCAUUCGAAGCAUGCCGGGAAAGCUCUCCCUUUCACCGCUUGCAUCAUAACUCAGAGAGAGGGCUGGAGGCUUGCUCUGCUUCACCACUCACUGUGUCUAAAGUUCUGCAGGGGCCGGCCGCCUCCCCACCCCUCCCCACUCCCCAGGAUGCAGUCUUGACCUUGGCAGAGUCCCAGGCUUCUUGAACUGGGAAGCUUGACCACUAGGGACUGUGGGUUGAGUCCCAGGCCCCAACUGGGAGUAAGGUAGAUUUGUUUGUGAAGUUUAGUUUCAUUUUAUUGGGGGCGGGGGAUGAAGAAGAGGGUUUUUCCCCCAGUUGUUUGAAAUAAGAGGUAAAAAGAAAGAACCCAAAGAGAGCCAGCUCUUCUACCUUUUAUCACUUUUUUUUCUCAGAAGAGCAGCAACAUCUGGGAAUCGUGGCCUUUUUAAACUUGAAAAGCAAUCUUAACCUUGCAGCCAGGAGUCCUUUAGAAAAAGUCUCAAGGCUUAGUUGUUGAGCGCCUUGAUCUUUGACAUACUUGCACUUGAUAUGUUUAUAUUGUUUUUUCAAAGAGCUUGCAGUGUCAAGCAGUUUCUUAACAAACAAACAAACAAACCAAACACAUACUGAAGACUACAAAGAAAAAAAAAAGCCUGUGUGAUUUCCUCUUCAUUUACUAUGGUAUUCUAUUAAAUAUUUAUUUGGUUCUUGUUA